AUGGUGCGGAAGAACGCAUUCGCGGAGCUGCUCGCCGAUCACCAGCGACAAAAGGAAGCUGUUGAGUCGUCUACGACCAUCUAUGAUCAUGCAUCAUCUUCUUCUGCAUCUACAGGUUCCUUUGCACCUUUUCCGAUCUCCAGAGACGCAGUAGAAGGUGCACAAUCUUCAGCUCCCGGAUUGUUGCCACCCCGAUCGGCCUCGUCACGUUCUCAAGGCCGCCACAAGCGGGAUGCUGCGUAUCGUAUGGAACGAGUAUAUGAGGAGGUAUCGUGGCGGAAGUCUCAAGUAUUUGCAGGCCCUCGUAUGUCCUCUGAUACGGAUAGUAGUGUCACGUCACCAGCUUCCGAUGCGCCACUUUCUGCGGCUGUGACAGAAAACAAGCGUGAUUGCUGUGCACAGCCACGCUUUUUACAGUCAAUGGAUACAAUGCAUGAGGAGGACGGUAAAGUAUCUGCGAGAUUGGAUAUGGUUAACAGGUUUCCAUCGAGACCAAAAGAUAGGAAGAGACCGCGAAAAGGCGUAAAGAGUGUAGAGUUUACUCCACAUUCGUUUCCUGAUGUAUUACGAUCAUCGUCGAGUCAAGCAUUAGUUCAAGGUCAUGUAAAGGUGCUCAAUACUGACGAUUAUUGUCACCAUGAUGGCAAGAAUGAAACGAGAGCAAGAAGAAGAGAGCGACAAAAACACAGACGAAGACGUCGACGUGAAAAAGAGAGUCGAAGGUUAUCGGGUAGUGGAAAGAACAAAGGAGCAAUGCUGUUGGACGUGGAUGAUGCUACCGUACAGUACAUUGAUGCGGUACUGGUGAAACCGGAUCCGCAGGUUUUUAACAAGUACACGCGGUGUUUUUUAGACUCGAAACUUGAAACUCUGUACCAAGAUUUCACAGCAAUUUACUGGUUUACACGUGCUCGCUGGCAUGUGGUAGCAUGGAUAGUCGUGCACUUGUUUUCAAAUCUUGUCUUUUACACACUGCCGAGUUCCAGUUUCAUAGGGAUGGAGCAGUUCAUUCUCUCGUACGACUCCCUCCCGACAUUCUUCCAAUGGAUCUACAUUCCGAUUGCGCUGCCGUUUGCCGGUCUGCCUAGCAAGCAUAAUCCGUUUCAGACGCGAUGGCGGAGCUGGAUAUGCCUUAUCAUUAUUUUCUAUAACUUGACGUUUCAGUUAUGGCUGGCAGAUGCCAGCCGUUUGGCCAGCAACGUGCACGCAGCGAUCGUUCACGAUCAUUUGUCAUGUGAUGUCUUAAAACCAGAACUAACGUCUACAUUUGGCGUACAUCAUGGAAGUUCAAUUGGUAAGAAUUACAAUCUAAGCAAUGACACGAUUACGAACGCUUUGGCUCAUCUUGACGACGAGCAAAGGAACCUAGCGAUCAGCGUGACCCAAACUUUUUCAGAUGCACUGGUUCAAACACUUGUUGGGUUUGCGUCACUGUUCAGCUUUCUGUUUGUGAUAUCCAUUCGUCUGGAGUUUGUUCAAGUUGUGGUUGUGGCAGUCACCAAUGUCGCCACGUAUGCCAUCGUGGUGAGUGCUUUCGGUCUCCAGUUGCAGUGGGUCAUUACUUUUGCCUAUGGAACGGCGGUCAUACUCCUGCUUAUUUUGUCAUACUCGUCGGACCGCACGAAUCGCCGUUCAUUUCUCUCGAAUUUUCUGGUUGAGAAGAAGAACGAAAAUCUCAAAUCGUCCCUUAAACAGGCUGAGGCAGCAUUACAGAAUGAUGCUGCCCAUGCAGAUGAGGAACGUGCAGUGGCCCGAAUACUUGCAGCGCCUGAGAUGCGCCAUCUUGAAAUGGUACACAUCCCGUUUGCUGACUUUACUUUUCUUGAAGCGAUCGGUCGCGGCUCGAUGGGCGAUGUUAUCAAGGCUCGAUAUUUCGGCACCAUUGUUGUCUGUAAGCGUAUGCGUCGUGAACACAUCGUUGAGCCCGGUGGUGGUCGGAAUCGAAACGAAACCCGCGAUACAUUUAACGGAGACAGCGCAUUGGCAAGUUUUCGCGAUGAGAUUGAGCUAAUGUCGUGCCUGCGACAUCCGAACAUUGUUCAGUUCAUUGGUGCAAGCUGGGAUAACGCUUCUAAUUUGUGCAUUGUGAUGGAGUAUCUGGAAAAUGGUGACAUGCAUCGUGUGCUGCACUCGGGCUUGGGAAAAAAUUUUACGUGGGCAGAUCCUUUGCUUAAGAUGGCGGUCGAUGCUGUGCAGGGCAUGCUCUAUCUUCACUCCCAAGAACGUCCAGUGGUGCAUCGUGAUUUAAAAAGCGUCAACAUUCUUUGCUCUGCGACCUUUGGCUGUAAAGUGGGUGAUUUUGGUCUCAGUCGCAGAUACAAGGAGGGCGUUGAUGCACUCACCACUCUUGUUGGCACUCCAUUUUGGCUCGCGCCUGAGAUCAUUCGUAGCGAGCGAUAUGGUCCAGAGGCUGACGUUUAUUCAUUCGGUAUUGUGCUCACGGAGCUUGAGACACGAUGCACUCCGUACCACGACCAGGAGGAGACAGGAUUAAAAGUACUCAUGCGUGUGGCACACAAAGGACUAAGGCCAUCGGUGCCUUCCACUUGUCUACCUGAGCGUCGUAAACUCAUUGAAGAUUGCCUUCAAGAUACUCCUGGCCGUCGCCCAACAUUUGCACAGGUCCUUUCACGCUUACAAGGUCCUGUCCUGCUUGAGAUAGAGGGUCAUGUUGCAACUCAGCCUGAGGUCGAACGACGCGUAUUACUACGUCGCCAUCAGGAACGUCGAAGUCUCUAA